ACACGUCAGAUUUGAAAAAAAACUUACAGCUGCUGUCAGUUCAUCGCGGAUUUGUUUUCCUGGCGGAUUCGGGCUGACAAUUUUAGCAAAUUCAAAUUUUGCUUGUAAAAAUUUGUAGUUAUUUCAUUAUUUAUGAAUAAAAAGUGAAUUGUGAUUUUUCCACCGCAGGUCCUGGAAUCAAGAAAACCAGAAGUUAUGAGGACAUUUUGCGUUUUGUUAUCGAUUUUGUUGGCUUUCUUCAUCAUACCACACCCAGCCGGAGCGGAUGUGCCCAAUUUGGCCAGUAAUCUGGUGACUUCGAAAAAAGAUCGGCAAAAGUUGGAAAAACUUCCACCCUGCAAAGCAUGCACGGUCCUAGUCAAUUCGUUUCGCGACGGACUCCGACGCACAGAGAGGGCCAAGCACGAGGGCGGUGAUGCCGCCUGGGAGGAGGAACGACUGGGAAGUUACAAAACCAGCGAGCUGCGGCUGGUCGAAAUCCAGGAAGGGCUCUGCCGGGACGUUGGCCGCGGCGAAGACCAGUGCCACCAGCUGGCCGAGGAGCACGAACCGCUCAUCGAAGAGUGGUGGCUGCGGCACCAAUCGGAAGACCUGCACCAGUGGCUGUGUGUGGAUCGAGUCCAGGUUUGCUGCCCGGAUGGAACCUUCGGACCGAGCUGUGAUCCCUGCCCGAGCUGCUUCGGCAACGGCAAAUGCAAGGGCAACGGAACCCGCAAGGGAAAUGGGAAGUGUGCCUGCGACGAGGGCUACUCGGGCGAGAACUGCGAUCAGUGCGGAUCGGAGUACUACGAGGCAUUUCGGGACGGCGAGAAGCUGCUCUGCGCAAAGUGCCAUAAGGCUUGCGCCACCGGAGGUUGCACCGGAGCGGGACCGAAUGCUUGUCGCGUUUGCCGGAAUGGCUGGAUCAUGGACAGCCAGCGAGGUGGAUGCGCGGAUAUUGAUGAGUGUAUCACGGCCAACACCUGCACUAAGCAGCAGUUUUGCGUAAACAACGAGGGCUCGUUCAGCUGUUUAGAAUGUGAUAAAUCUUGCGAUGGCUGUGACGGAGACGGGCCAGACAUGUGCAAAAAGUGCGCUGAUAACUACGAGCUUCGGGAUGGAAUGUGUACAGAUACAUCGAGUGAAAGACGCAAUCAGUACGUUAACUUUACCCGCUAUAUCACCUAUCUGGGUCUCUGCAUCGCCACGUGUAUCGUCCUACAGAGUUCGACCUGGCUGGCCGCUCUCGUUGGCCUGGCCGUUGCUGUCUACAUUUCGGUGUCCGAGUAUUGGCUCAAUACCGAACCCCAGGGAACGCCGGCUCCCUCGCCGAAAAUUCUGGACGAAAUCUUGGGACAGCAGUAGCCGGGAAAUCCUGAGUUCAGAAAAGGGCAUUGAUUGCGAGAACGUAUUUCUUCCACGUCAAACUUGAAAAAUCAUUUUAAAGAAGUUUUUUUUUCUGUUCUGUUUAAACGAUUGUGUGAAUCUAAGUCAGGAAUUGUCAUUAAGUUAGUUGAGGAGCGAAUACGAAAGCAAUGUUUUCAAUUCUAGAAAUGGUUUCCGUUUCUCAAAGGGCAACUAAAAGGUUUUUCCAUCAAAACUUCUUAACAUAAGAAAGACACCCAUAAACCGUGUAAACGUUCAUAAGCUAAGAACUGUAACCAUUAGUAAAGACAAACAUUACGAUUUCGAAAAUGGCU